AUGACUUCCGUCAACGAUCCUUCGGUCCCCGGCAUCACAGCGGCGUUCCGUGGCGGCGCCAUCGGCACGGCGAACGUCUUCGAGUCGGUUUUGAACGGUCAGCAAGUGAGUCGUCAGAGCGGCUCCUUCGAGCUCUGGUUCAAGCCGGACGGGUUGUCCAACGGCGAUCAGGUCCUCUACGAGGUCGGCGGGACUGGCGCAGGGUCUUACCUUUCGCUGCAAGAUGACACCCUCUCGCUGUACGUGAAGUCGGCUUUCGCAGGCAACGAUCAGCUGGUAUCGACGACGCUGACCGACGACGGCUGGACGCAGGUCGUGGCCGUCAUCCACAACACCUACGAAGCGACACUCCCCUCGGCGGACGACUACGUUGAUCUCUACGUCAACGGCGUGCUCGCCGCCACGACCGAGCUGAGCCCUACGGACGUGAACGACUGGGCUGGCGGUAACCAGGCCGGCCUCGGGUUAAUCGGCGGCGUGUUCGCCUCGGGCGGUCCCUUGACCGAUCCGGGCGACGCCAGCGCUGACUUCGAUCUGAAGGGUCACAUCGCGAUCUUCGAGUUCACGCCAACCGCGCUAACCGCUGGCGACGUGGCGGCGCGCUACGCGGCCAUCACUUCGUCGUCAUCGCUGGCCGUGCCCGAGCCCUCGACCGUGAUGCUUGCGGGCCUCUCGCUAGCGACUGCAACCGUCAAGAUUCGUCUUGAUGGCGGGCGCGGCGAGGCUUCUACAACCUUUGAGACUAUCCACUUGAUUCGCACCGUCGCUAUCGCCGUCCUCACGAUCCUCGCGGCAGAGACUGCUCUGUCGGUGGAACGUCCGAACGUCGUUCUGAUCAUCACAGAUGACGCAGGCUGGGCCGAUUUCGGUUUCAUUCGUGACGCCGACCCCGCCGCGAACCCCGGGGCCAGGGGCGUCAUCCCGACGCCGAACCUCGAUCGACUCGCGUCGCGUGGCGUUAGCUUCACGAAUGCCUACGCGGGCAGCGUGUGCUCGGUCUCCCGCGCGAUGAUCACCACGGGUCGUUACGGCAAUCGCUUCGGUUAUGGCAACAAUAUCAUCAGCGAUACGAGCGCCAUCGGAUCUUCUCCGACGGACCAGGGGUUGCCCACUUCGGAGGUGACCAUCUGGGAACGCAUGCAGAGCGUCGGUUACUCGACGGCGGCGAUCGGCAAAUGGCACAUCGGCCAGCACGCCAACGCCGGCAGUAUUCUCGGCAACCGACCGGAGAACCAAGGCGUCGAGCUCUUCGAAGGCCUCUGGGAAGGCUCGCGGUCAUAUUCCGUCGGGGCAGAAGCGGACGCGCGGGCGCUGCGUCGUACG